CGGUCCUGUCUCUCACGUUCUUCAAACCCAGCCCGCUAACCUCACACUUCAAAGUUCAAUCAACUUCUAUUUCUAUUCGAAUUCUUCCUUCAAAUUCUUUUCUGAGUUCCCUCAUAUCUCUUUUCUUACUACUAUCAUUUACUACUUUGAGAUCUGAACUUAAUUUCUAAUACAAAAAAGUUAACAACUCAGAAAUGGAACCUUUAAGGGGUUUUAUCUUUUGCACUUGUUUUCUCGUUCUAGUUGCCAUGAAUGACUCAGUUGAAGCUUCCAAGCAUUUCAAAGUAGGUGAUCAUCUAGGUUGGCAGCAGCCUAGCGCUAAUAACACUGCGGUCUAUACCCAGUGGGCAACGAGUAAAAGGUUUCAUGUCGGGGACUCUCUUUCUUUUGAGUAUCAGAAUGAUUCAGUCCUUGUGGUGGAGAAAUGGGAUUACUAUCAUUGCAACACAAACAAACCCAUCUCUUCCUUUAACGAUGGAAUGACUGUUAUCAAUCUUGAUAGGCCUGGGCUCUUCUACUUCAUCAGCGGAGCCCCUGAUCACUGCAAGAAGGAUCAGAAAUUGCUCAUCCGGGUGAUGGGUUUGCACCAAAGAGCAGAAUCUCCACCUCAGGUUGGCCUCGCACCAGGGCCACAUCCUAGUUCAGGAUUAGUAGUUACAGUGUCACUUUGUUCAGUCUUUAUUACUCUAAUUGUCACAGUUGUAACUUUCGUCUGAUAUCCACCAUAACCUAUUUCUUUGCUUUGUUUCAAUCUUUUUCUUUCUUCAGUGACAGAUUCCAACCGUUGGAAUUCUGUACCUCAUUAGUAUUUAGCUAUACAUUUAAUUAAACUUUUUGUUGGAUUUUUCAGAUGAUGUGCUAUUGCUUAUGCAUUGGAAUUCAGUGUUUAACAAGUCUCCUUCAUAUUGAUUUGUCGAAGGUUCACUUUUACAGCCAAAAACAGAAAAAGAAAAAUCUGAUUUUGUAAUCAAUGCUAUAUUGUGGGAGUUUUGA